UUUUUUUAAGUUUAUUAAAAAGGCAAGACUGAAAUCAGCUCAUAUAUAUAAACCACUUACGAAUAGUUUACUCGAAAGUGAUAUUCAAGAAGAUAAGCAAUUUGAGUUUGAGGCAACCCAACAACACUUAACAUGUGUAGAUACACGGAUAUAAUAUCAUAUUUUAAAUCUUGUUUUAUUUCUUAAAAAGAAGAUUCAUCUGUGUAUUACACUUUGGUUUUUAUAAACUAGUUAAAAGAAAUUUGGUUAUACGUUCGUUUCCCGAUUCGGAACUAAAAUCGAAAUAAAAUAAGUUUGUGAAAGCUUCUUAAAUCUUACUUCCAAUACGAUUCCAAAAAUACAUCUUAAAAAUAUGUUGGAUGCUUACGUUUUUGUUUAGGAAUCACACUUCCAUUAUAAUAACUCAUUGUUAUGACGAAGUAAGAAAUUUAACAUUAUAUUUUUAUUUUAUAAAAAAUUUAAAAUUAAUAGUAUUAAAAUAGAGAGAGUACAAAAUAUAAAAAUAUACAAAACGGAUACUAUAAAAUAUAUUUGUGCAUAAUAAUUUGUUUAGCCAUAUGUUCUGGAGGGCUCCCCAUCGACCUUUCUUCUGCCUAUCCUACUGAUGAUGAUGAUGAUGAUGAUGAUUGCAACUCUGAUGGAAGCAUCUCAUCAGAAACUGAUCUGGAUUGUGAGGUGGGAAGCAGCUCACAACUUGCAAGUGAAACUGAUGAUGCUGGUUCCCGUCAAAAAGAAGUAGCCGAUGCUGCUGCUGACUCUCAGAACUAGCUAUUAACUUUUCUUAAAGAUAAUGUACUUUUGUCUCUAUCAAAUUGGGUUUCGUUUUGUGUAUUGAUAUGCUGUCUUAAAACUCUCUCUGCUUUUGUGUGUACACCUUUUAAAACAAUAUGAUUUGCAUCCAGAACCUCCUUUUAAAACAAUUAGGAGGUUUGAUAGGGAGCAAUAAAGUUUGGUCUAUUUACAUUAUAAUUUCUGAAAGAUCCAAACGACUAUAAACAAAACUUUAGUGAAAACAGUAUCCGAUUCGAUACUGAGUUAGACCAGAACUAAACCGGUAUUGUUAGUUGGUUGUCCAGAUGUGCAAUUAUUCGUAAUUUUAUGUUUAUUGUUCAUGUUAUGAUGAUUGUAAUCAGGUGAAAUACUGAAUCUGUUCAAAGUUUAGGUCGUGAACAGAAUCAGCUGAGAAACUGUUAUGAGUUCAGUUAAAUAUCUCAUCACGUUCAACAGAGACAGCUCAUGUAAGAAGAAAGAAAAAUUAAAAACCGUUUGUUUGGUACUUUGGUUUAGGGAGAGGUUGCUGUGACGUCUCUCUCUCUCUAUUCUCCUUAACAGAAACGGCAUGCAUUUCUUCCUUCUUUAACUUCCUUUCUCCAUUCCUUACACGACAACAUGAAAUAACUCAUCACAGAUUGUCAUUCUUUCUGAUGUUUGACCAACAAAUUUCUAUUAACAAAAGAAAAAGAAAGUGACAAAAACUUAAACAAAAAAAAAACGGUUAACAAUAAAGGGAUAAAAGAGUCUUUUUCUAUUUCCUCCAUAUUCUUCUCCUGCUUUUCCUCGUUUCUCUUUUUCUGGUAUAUGAACAAGUUUUGAGCUGUGACCAUUAGACCAACAACAACAGUCUUUAUACCUUCUUUUUAGUUCUCUCUCUCUCUCUUCCUCUUGUUGUCUUCUUCUGCUUUUAAGUUUCUUGUUUGUUGGGUUCAGAAACUAGGAUUCACAUUCACCUGCUGCCUCUGGCUUGCUCUUUCAGGUCAGAGGCCCAAAAAAACAAGCACAGGUGUAUAUCAAAGCGUGUUCUGUCAGAGAAAAACUUACAAAUGAAUAACCAAGGAAGUCAGAACGUUGCAACUUGCAAGCCCGUCACUACAUUUGUCCACACUGACACCGACACUUUCAGAGAAGUCGUGCAGCGCUUGACAGGUCCAUCAGAGAGCAAUGCUGCAGCAAUACCAGAAGCAACAGUGAUAAAAACCGCCAUUCAAAGGAAGCCCACUUCUAAGCUCCAUGAGAGAAGGCAAUGCAUGAGGCCAAAGCUUGAAAUUGUCAAACCUCCUCUAAGCUUUAAACCCACUGAAGGAGAUAAAGCAGAUCCAGAUAGUUGUACAACAAACAACGAAGAAGAGGAGAGAGCCAUUAAAGAAAGACGCUUUUACUUGCAUCCAUCGCCAAGGUCUAAACCAGGGUAUACAGAGCCAGCGUUGCUUACUUUGUUUCCUUUAACAUCUCCCAAUUCGAGUGGCAGACCAUAAAGCGUGUUCUCUGCCAACUAUCCCAAAGCUCAUGUACAUGUAGCGUUUCAGAACUGUAUCAUUGAAAGAGAAAGACUCUUCACUUGCGUUAUCUUAAUCAAGAUUUGUCUCUGUAACAUUUCUGCAAUGCUUUUUCUUUCUUCAUCGGUUAAAACGCCACUGGCUCUUUCAUCUGAACAAAUAAAGCAUUUAGUA